AUGCCGAAUGUGACCCAUGUGAGGCCAGUCCAUCUUCAGUUUAAAUCAUGUGAUGAGAGUAUGGGGGUUUGUUCAUUUCCUUCGGCACAUGUACAGCUUACAAAAAAAAGCCACAUGUUGAUGGCAACACAGCCAUAUAGGAUCAAACUUAUACUGGAAAUGCCAGAAUCUCCUGUUAACAAGGAAUUGGGCAUGUUCAUGGUUUGUGCUCAGAUGAGGGCAAGAGGGGGUGUCCUAGUUUCUUCAUCCUGUCGAUUUGCAAUGCUCAGACACAGGUCUAAGUUGCACGAGGUGAUCCGCACGUUUGCAUUCUCACCGUUCCUUCUGUCUGGAGUCAACGAAGAGAAACAGCUGCUACAGGUCGAGCUGUUCAGCGACUUUGAGGAUGAUCCGAGUGUACCAGUUACUGACGCGUACGUGGAGGUACAGUCGCGGCACGCGCAGGUGUACUGGUGCGAGCUGCACGUGCAGGCGCACUUCAGUGGCCUGCGGUACUUCAUGUUCCACUGGCCUAAGUUUGCCGCACUUAUAGGUAUAAGCACUAACCUCUUCUUCGUAUCACUGGUCUUCAUACUGAGCUGGUAUCACCUGCAAGAUGGACUGCCUGAAUUUGUCAAGACCAAAUUCAAAGUUGCAGUGAAAUCUGAAGAAGAAGAAGAAACAAAAAAGUUUGUUGGAAAAGUGAAACUUGAACUUGAAAGAGAAGAUUCGUCGAUGUUUCUCGACGACGAAGAUUUUCGUGACGAAAGUCUCAUCGUAGAGGAGAUCCAGAAGAUGGAAGAACCAAAACCAAAGGAUAUUUAA